AUGGUGAGUGUUCGGGUUUCUUCGCUUUUCUUCUUCCCUUCUCAGCCAGUUCCACCCCAGUCGGGUUUCCUGGGGCGCGCGGGUUGCCUAGGAAGGGUCGUCCCCCGCGGAUGGCUCGGGGUGGCGCUGGAUGGAGGCGGAUGGCCGCGCCUGCCCGCAGAGGCCCCCUUGGCCGCUCGGGCCUGGCGAGCCAGUGGCGCCCUCGUCUCCCGAGUGGCCCUCAGCUCUCGCCCUAGGAGGAGGGAAAGGCGGGAUUGAGCGGCUGGCUAAAUACGAGCGCGGCCCUUAUUGGGAGUAGCAAACGAAAUGCAGAACCUUCGGAGGGAAGGAAAUCUGCACGUCGGGAGCCCGAAUCGCCGGGCGGGGUCGGGGGGGUCGAAAAGGUAAAACUUGAGGAGACCUAAGUGGGGCAGAUGGCGGCUUUGAACGUAGUUCUGGCAAUGCCUUAACUUCGCCCUGGGCUUAUUUAGCGUUCACUCAGAUCAGUUUCCCACGAGGGCCGAAUAGAUCUCAGAAAUACCUUGAUUUUGAUGGUGAACGGGUAUUGCAACUCGGGAAUAGCUGAGGAAUUAUUUCUAGCAUUUAUAUCCUUCCUUAGCCCCCACCCCGGCUUAGUACGCCCCCCCCCCGCCAAUUUAAUGCCCCCAACCACCUUGUGAGGCGGGCUAGACGGGAGGGAGUGCCUGGCCCAAGAUCAGCGGGCGAGUUUCUGGCAGGGGGCCUGGUCUGCCCCUCUGACCACUCAGCCGCAGAAAUGGCAAAUGCCCUGUCCUUCCUCUAUACCUAGCGUUGAAAUUCAGUGAAUGGAGCCGCCACCCCUUGCAGGCUAGUAAUUCUCCACCUGCCCUAAGUAUAUUUUCUAGACUAAUAACUUGGACAGUUGAUAUAAAAUAAAUCUCGCUGGGGAAUCCUUCUUUGGAGUGUGGUAGUGGAAACCAUUGUAGCAAGUCAAGUCUUUUCACAAAAGUAAAGUGAGCUGCACCAAAGGUAGCACAUGGCAUAUUUUCAACAAAGUAAUUUCCUGAUUAAGAUGAGCUUUCCUUCACUGUACCUGCACAUGAUGAUAAAUGAUGUUGGUAGGGACAUCUGAGAGCAUGAUGAAUACCAACAUCUCUGAGCAGGAUUAGGACCUGGGUAUAUUCAAUGUUAUAUUCAAUGAGGCAUUUUAAAAUAGCCCUAUUAGUGCAAUUUUAGAUACUCCUAUAUUGCAGGUUAAUUUAUGACAGCUCUAAUGUGCCUUACUGAAUAUUGCAGACCAGGGUUUAGGCUUUGCAUGGUUUACAAGAGCCCUACAGUGUUUGCCACAUAUACUAAAAAAACCCUUUUGCAUAAUGUGGGUUGGUUUGAAGCUGAGAGUGGUUACAGUUAUACUGCUGCUCUAGCCCUGUGUUGCUUAGAUUUCUGUGUUGCAGGUUGGGCUGAAAUACUAUUUCAGGUCAAUGGCAGGGUUGAUGCUGAUUUGCAUUCCCAGUCAAAUACCAGGUUGUUAGGGGACCCGCUUGUUUUUAGAAGCAUUUUAACUUCUGAGAGGUCUAACAUAAUUUUUUGUGUGCUUCCUUGUAGGCUCAGAAGGUGAAGACAAUACUAUUUGCGGAGGUAACAUUUUCUGUUUUGGAUUAAAAGAAAAAUGUUUAGGCUGUUUCAGAAUGCAAUAUAUAGCUUGCUUAAAUGAGAACUAACUUUGUGCCACAAUGAUGACACUUAUUUGCUACUCUUGAUUAGAAUGAUGAGAAUGCUCAACCACCUAUAAUUGAAACUGAGGCACUGAACAUUUUUUAAGGGAUAUCUAAAUUGUUUUUAAAGGUUUUGUAACAUUUGCUGUUUUCCUUACAGGGUUUUAGAAAUGGUUUGGUACUUACAGAAGGAAGAUGUUUGGGUAAGUGUCCUACAGAAGAUCAAGCAAUCUGUAUAAAAGCCUCUACCAGCUGUUCCUGGGAGUUUUAUAUACAGUGGAUGCUCUGGUUGCGAACAUGAUCCGUGCGGGAGGCACGUUUGCAACCCACAGCGCUGUGUCUGCGCACACGCAGUUUGCGAUUCGGCGCUUCUGCGCAUACGCGACCUCCGAAACCUGGAAGUAACCCAUUUCAUUACUUCCGGGUUUUGGCGCGUCUGUAACUCGAAAAACCGCAACCUGAAGUGUCCGUAACCCAAGGUAUGACUAGUAGUUUUAAAGGGCAUAUACUUAAAUUGAGCAAGCUAGCAGCAUUAAAUGCAGCUUUGGUUUCUCUAUUGCGAUUGAAGGAUGUGUGUGAUGAAAGCAUAGUUCAGCAGAUAAUCUGUGAUGAAUGCAGAUGUCUUUCGCUCCUAUCUGAUGCAUCCUCGUUAUUUUGACGGUACUAUCAUUGGUAUAGUUUCUGUAUGUAACGCCGAACAUCAACAUUCUUUGCUUGCCAAGGAGAGGGCCAUUUUAUAAUAUGCCUAUUUGCUACUUGGGGGAAAAAAACACGGAACGUUUUUAGCUCAAGGCAUAUUAUCUAGUUAAAAGCUACAGAUGUCUACUGAGGCAACUAGUCAAAAAGUUAAUGCCAUUAACAUUGUGAAAGUGUUUGGCAAAAGAGGAUUUAGACUAUGAAGAUCAUAAGUUGUAACAGAAUUAAAAUUUUCUUGCAGGGUCUGCAUUUGCACUGUAUGCUGCAAUAUGGCCUAGUUGCUUCUAUACUAUAAAUUUCAGUCCAGCUCCUUAGCAUAGCCAAACAGGUAUGUUUCAUGGAAAUAUUUGAAUGUGUGGUUAUGGCAGAAAGGGAAUUUUGAGCAUUGGCAGUGACCCACAGCAUGCUUAGGCUGCCCAAAAGUUUUCUGUUUCUCUCUACUCUGUUAUAUUAUUACCAAGCACACUUGGUUGCAUUAUGCUGUAAUGGGUCAGAUUAUAUCAGUCUUUGAACUUCUUAAAAUACUCAUAACACACUUUACAUCCUGUAUUAAAUCAUCUUAAAUCUCAGGUCUGCAUGAAUUGCAGCAACAAUAAGAGCCUGGAGAUUUCAGUAGCCCUUAGUGUUUGGUCCACUGCGGUUGUAUUGAUCCAAAGUAUUAUUUAUCCCCAGGCAUAUGAGAAUUUUCCAGUACAUUCUUUGCUUUUCUAAAUAGUGUUGGGAUUUGUUGGGUAGUUUGUGUCCUAUCCUGUCUUGCCUUUGUUCUCCAGAGGCUUCAAAGCAGCCAUUCUAUGUAGUUGCCAAUGCUGUAGUCAUUAGGUUAUAUGUAGACAUUAAACCUGCUGUAUAUGAUGCUGAAUCAGGUCGCUGAUCCAAAUGAGGAUAAUUGAAUCAACACUGAUACAGUGGUUCAUUGUAGUUUUUAAAAGGAGUGAAGCUGGGUUGAAGACUAAAAUCACUUAUUGUCACUUUUAUAGGCCUCCAUAAUGCAGCUGUAUUGAAGUAUGAGACUUGAGUUCUGAAGCAAAAAAGGUGGGUUAGUUACUGGGAAGUGAUUCGUCAGUCAGUUCAGCCUCACUGCAAUAUUUGUUGAGCAGUGUGAUAAAACUUGCUUAGAGAGACUAUGAAGUUCUUCAAGAAUGGUCCAAUGCUAUUGGACUAUACAUUUGAAAUAUGGGUCCCAUUUAUUCCUAGCACAAUUAUAAAUACUGCUAAUGCAGCCUGCCUAGGAAGCAUCUUAGGUAUAACAUUGAACAAUGCCUUCUAGCUAUAUCAGUGAAGGUAAAUUUUUAUAAUGUGCAGUAUAUAACGCAAGCAGCCUGUGUGAUGAGAAGCCAAUGAAGCUGACUUAAAUAAUGGAGAUUUGUAAUUAGCUCUACCUGACUUGGGCAUCUGCUUGCAUUUUCCUGUUUAGCAGCUAGCUUUCUCUGGGCUGUCUUAAAGAAAACUUUCUUUCUAGGUUGUAAGGUGACUUUGAAGAUCUCCUUAGAGUUACAUUCCUGAUAAUGGUAAGUUACUAUAGGACAUCUACCUGAUGAAAUUUGUUCAGUGUUGCAGUAACAUCGGCAAAUGUUUUGGAAGGAUCAAGCAAUAAUGUGGGGAUUAGUAUGGGCUGCUUGUCAACAAUUCCCUGUUAGAUCUUCCAGAUAUGGUAAUAAGGGUUUUACUUUGGGCGAUUUUUAAUUGUUUAUAGCUUGUUCAGUACUAGACCACACAUGUAGCCAGUGAUGAUAAUAGAUUCCGCCAAAUGACUGCUCAUGAAAUUAACAACAUACCGUUCUAUAUACUGAGGUUACAUUGUUCUGUGGUCAUUAGUUAGGAAACUUAUAGAAAUACAAAUUACUUUCUAGUUUCACAUUAAUAGAACACGCAAAUAUAAGAAGGUCCAGGUUCCUUUGUGUUUGUGAUCCACCCAUGCCAAUAUUUGGUUCUGGCCAACACAGUUCUCCUUAACUUUGGGCAUUUCCCUGUGGGAAGGUGUUACCAGUCAAGUCUUAAAGCAAAAGUUGCCAAAAUAAUGAGUUUAACGUUUUCCAGAGCCAAGCUGGUUCCCUGUAAUAAGAUCCUCUGUUGCAACUUAAUUAACAAAUGUUUCUUUCUCUUUAAAGUCCAAAUGGUUGAGGAGUCUCCAGUUUUGAGUUACCUGCUGAAAGAGGUUAGUAAAUGACUAGUUUUGAAAUCUGACACCUAACUGCAUGCAGAAGGUCCCUGGUUCAGUUCCUGGUGUCCAGCUUAUAGGAGACUGGAAAGCUGCUGAUAAUUGAAGUGGGUACUACUAGGUUAGAUGGCUCAAUGGGCUGAGUUCAUACAAAGCAGCUUUCAUAUUUUACGUUUUUCAUUCCUUUUGAAAUUCACACCACAAAUUAAGUCAGGCUCUGCCUGGAAAAAGCCAAUGAUGUUUUAAGAGUAGUGGACAGAAAAUAUUUCUGACAAUUGUGCGCUGAGGCUUUUUUUGGGGGGUGGACAAUGUAGCUGAGCAAAGACAUGCUAGUGGCUCUUGGUGUGUCAUAGUACCAUGACUUACCUAAGACUGUCUUACACUGUUUACAAAGACAUGAGGAACGAGAUCAUCGCCCCACUCGUACUGACCAUCCCAUGGCGCACAAUCACUGCCACAGUGUCCUUUCUCCUAUCAGACCAAACGGAGCAGAUAACAGCAAGGCGUGCUAGGUUCUUAGCAGGGGCAAUGAGAAUAAGGGCCACUGACUACCUAAGACUGAACUUCUGAAUCUAAUAAGUUUCUAUUGCAGUGGGAAUGUGCACUUCUUAAUAGGCAUCUCUUUUGUGUAAGAGUACACUCAAAAACAUGGGUUGGCUCACGAUGAGAACUUUGUCUUUGGUCUGAUAUAUAAACUAAGGGUUAAACUAUGGAAAAUAUCUUUUUUUAGACACAGUGGAAACUGAUGGCGAGGAGAGGCCUGAGCUUCACAAUACACUGGUAAGCUGUAAAAAUGGCACGUAUCACUGUUAAGAACCCUUCCCAUGGCCACCCAGUGCCAACGGUAUAAAUCAAGUGUAAGUGAUAGAGGUGGCAGGGAACUCCAAGCUGUUGACCAGGGCCCAACUAAAUGUUAAUCAAAUACUGCAUCUGCCGAGAUUUUUGUUCAACACACACGCGGUAUGUUUGUACUGUUGAUGAUGAAAUUGUAUAAAACAAUGGGAAUCUCUCUGAAAAGAAGUGAAGAGAAUUUGCACUGAAACAGUACAGAAAUGGUGCUCCCUUUUAGUGCAUUGCUGCUUGGGUGCACAUAAGAUAUCUUUCAUUACAGAUUAAAUUGGGGGAUGUUCUGGAGAACUCUGCCUGUGUGAUGCAAGUGCUACACGCUCUGGAUUGGAGGGGGAAAUGAACACAACAUUUUAUGUUGGUAAGCAUGCAUUGGUUGUGUUAGAAAUAUAUAUUCAAAAAUUGGACCUGAAUGUUCCCCUGUAUGUGAGGGUCUGGAGAAGAGUGGCAAGAAUGAGCAGAUACAGUGAUGAUAACAUAGUUCAGCAGACUGAACUGUGGUGAAGAACUGCAACUGUCUUUCGCUCCUAUCUGAUGUAUCUAGCUUCCGACCACAAGUACACAAGUCCCUUUUUUAAGCCUUCACUUACAUUAAAUGUGCAGAUUCUAUUGUAAAACUUUAAAUGUAACAACACAGCCUGCUUCUGUGGAGUUAAUGAUUACUGCAAUGAAAUAAUAGAAAAGUCCAUCCGCAGAACGGGUUGAUUCACAAACUUGUGCAACUUGAUUAUUCCAAAUCAUUUAGUGGUUUUGUCCAUUCUGUGUUUAAGACAUAUUCCUUACCCUUUUAUAUGUAUCUCUUUCAAACGUAGGUGGUGAACAUCUUGAACUAACAGUUGUAUGUGAAAGGUAGGUAUGUUUUGUGUAUCAAAUGCUAUAUGGUGAUGUGGGAAUGGAUAUAUGAUGAUAAACAUAACCUUGAACUCUCUCUCUGACUACAUGAUGGAAAAUAUCAAGGUCUGAUCUGUUCAUUUGCUGGUAUGUGCAGCUGUUUUAUGUGGAAUGCACUGGCUUGACACCCUUUCUUCUUCAUCCUAGAUGUGAAGUUGCAGCCUUACCCAGAAGACAUUCAACUUAA